AGUGAAAAGGGGAGUGUUAAGUCCUGUGUAUAGCUGGUUUGCACAACAGGGGGGGUUUCUUGCAUGAAUCACAGCCUGAAGGAUGGCUAUAAAUAUAUCAUUACGCUUUAGCCACUCUUCACCUGAGAUCCCUGCUGGACCUGCAAACACUUAGUCAUGUCUAAACUAGAGAAGUGCAUUGUCGCUUUGGUAGAGGUGUUUGAGGAGUAUGCCGGAAAAGAUGAAGACAAGAUGAAGCUGAGUAAUGCAGAGCUCGGUGCACUGGUUAAGGGUCAACUGAGUGAGUUCCAGAGUAAAAUCGAUCCAGAGGAGCUGAAAGAUGUCUUGCAAAAAAUAGACAAAAAUCGUGAUGGCCAGGUCUCCUACAAAGAGUUCAGCCAGUUUGUAGCCCAACUUUCCCAGGGCUAUUUCAAGAAGAAGUACUGCAAGGACAAGUGCAAAGGCAAAAACUGAACUCCAACAUGCACCAUUAUUCCAUCGUCAAUGUAUAAAAGAAAAUAAAAGUUGAUCAGUGCAAGCUUUGUCAUGUCAAUCUUCUUGAUAAUGAUGUGCUGUGCUUCUUCAUCAUAUUUUCUCCUAGCUUUGCAUAUACGCAGAAUUCUGUAUGUCACAUUGGACGUGAAUAAUAAAAAUACUUAACAUUCAA